AAUAUCUUCUGACUUCAUAGCCUCCAGCGUCAUUCCUCUGCCAACCAUACAUGCAAUCGUGAUUGUGUCAAAGUCGAUUUAGAAGGUCAGAUUUCCCGACAAGUACUGAAGCCUAGCUGCAACUUCCCCUCGUCGGCGCAAGAAAAGUGUUCAGGGUCGUUGGCUGCCUUCAACAAGGCAAUGGCCACGCCUGCUCCUUCCUCACACGAAUUUCGAAAACUGCGACUCGACACCAAACACAAGAAUUCCUCCCAGGACUUUCCAUUCGCCGCUUCCUUGAAUGCCGACCAUGUCGCUUCUUCACAAUUUUCGUCGUCCGAGCUGCUCGACCCGGACGGCCCCGAGCGCGACGAACAACAAACGCGAACAAGAGGUUCAUCUGUGAGCUUCAAAGAGUACGCCACUCUCGACGACGGUCGCAAACAUUCUCUCGAUCAGCCUCUCCCCAGACCACGACGUAGCAGCAUCCGCGAUUCCUGCAUGGCGACAGAUGCUUCGCAGGCCCAGUCUGCCUCUGCUCCGGCUGCGCCCGAGGACUCCCCUAGGAUCAAUCCAUUCACUGGCGAGCCCAUAAGACGACGAACGAGAAGAAGCGAAGUCGCCCCUCGCCUGGAGACGAUCGAUUCGAACGAUACCACACACGCGCACCUGCCUUCUUUGACGUCGGCCUCCUCGGGCUCCCUGCUCAGUGAGCAAUUGAGAAGCCCUGAUACGCCUUCUGGUUCAUACUUCAACGAAAACGCUGUCAUGUCCCCCUCACCUGCUGUCAGUCCUAGCAUGGGUAGCGAGCCUUGGCCAAUGCUAUCAAGGAACAAGACCUUGUCGCGUACCGCCAGUUUGCGCAAUACCAGUCGCAGAUCUAGCAGAAUGUCUGGUUCUUCCAUGUCGCCGGCUGCCCAGUUCCUGAAUGGCUGGGGUCGCAGCUCACAAACCACUGCUGCACCAGAGCCUGAUGAUGAGGGACAAUCAAUCGGUAUCAACAACGAGUAUGUCAUCGGUCGCAAGAUUGGCUCAGGCGGCUUCAGCGUCGUCAAGGAGGUCAUUGGCAUGUCUGAAGACGGCACCCGCACCAAGUUGGCAGUCAAGAUCGUCCGCAAGUCUGUUGCCAACACUUCUGAAGCAGAGAAUGACAAGGCACAGCAAGCCGUCGAGUAUGAGAUCGGUGUAUGGCGUUACAUGAACCACCCUCACGUCAUCCGACUGCACACGAGUUUCAUCACAGACUUUGCCACCUUCUGCAUCAUGGACCUGGUCGAGAGUGGGUCUCUGUACGACCUCAUCAGCGAGCUUCGCAACAACGGCCAGAUGGGCUUGAAGCAUGACCUCGCAAGGAAGUAUGCUUUCCAGCUCGCUUCGGCCAUCAGAUACAUCCACGAAGACGUCAGACUCAUCCACCGUGAUGUCAAGCUCGAAAACUGUCUUGUUCAGGUCGGUGACAACGAUAGUGGCGUGCUGAAGCUCUGCGAUUUCGGCCUGGCUUGCUUCGUUGACGGUGAUUCUGGCAUGACUGAUAGCAUCCGUUCGCUCGACUCCAAUGACUCUGAUUCCAACCAACCAGCCGGCACGCUCGAGUACCUCGCCCCUGAGCUUUUCGGCGGCUCCAACCAGAGGCACUAUUCAUCCGACAUAUGGGCCUUUGGUGUUUGCGUCUACACCAUGAUUACUGGCAAGCGUCCCUUCGCACACACCAUCCAGUUCAAACUAGUCGAGCUCAUUGAAUCCGGUCAAUGGAACAAGGACGCUAUCGAGGCCUCUCCAGCCGGCCAGGAGAGCUUCAAAAACAUCUGUGCCUUGCUGCAGGGCUGUUUGAACACUGAUCCGGACGAGAGAUGGACCAUCAAAGAUGUCAUGAAUUGCUCAUGGUUUGCUGGCUUGCACGACGUAUCACAUGACGAGGACUGGGAGCAUGUGAACGCCACCCAGUCAUGAGAUCCUUGCUCAUUUACGCGCUCUCUCUGGACCCCCCCUCUGCAACGAAAAACACUCUGCAUUUCUACGGGAUGAUUAUGAGACAUGAUCGUAUGGCUGGGAUGUCUUCUUUACCUUUUAACCUUCUGCACUUGAUACCCCCAUUCUAUACUUUUCUGUUGUUAUUGCUUAUACUUUUCUAAUCCUUCUUCAUCAACAAAAACCUUUCGAAAUAUGUAUUAUUAGGUAGCCUUUUUAGCUAUGAAAUUUGCUUCUUGGGAUGGAGAGGAAUUGUUAUUGUGCUUUGAACCGUAAGGGUAUGGAUGCUAAAGAAAAAACACCUUUGAUGAUCAUGCGAUGCAAUGCUGUUUUGUUCUAAUGAGAACCCAUCCCCC